AUGUGCAAUUUUAGUACAAGUUCAAACGACGAAAUCUAUUCUUUAUUGAAAAGGUUCUGGGAAGUCGAGGAAACUGUUCCACCUGGUUCAAAUGUGAAAUUCUCCUCAGAUGAACAGCUUUGCGAGGACAUAUUUUCUAAAACAACCGAGCGAAAAGACGACGGUAAAUUUAUUGUUCAUAUUCCCUUAAAAUGCGAUCCUAUUAUUCUAGGUGAUUCUCGUGAAAUUGCUACCAAAAGAUUCUAUUCUUUGGAGAAGAAGUUGAAUUGUGAACCAAAGUUAAAGGAAGAAUAUGCAGCAUUUAUGAACGAAUAUAUUCAACUUGGUCAUAUGCGAGAAAUAUCUAAAAUAGACGAACAUUCUAAUUCUGGUUUUCUGCCACAUCAUGCGGUUGUUAACGAAAAUAAUCCAACUACUAAGCUUAGGGUUGUGUUCGAUGGCUCGGCACAAACUGAUAAUGGAACUUCCUUUAAUAGUUUGCAGCUAGUUGGUCCUACCAUUCAGGAUAAUCUUUUUUCCAUUUUAUUAAGAUUCCGACAAGGGCCUAUUGUCAUCUGUGCGGAUAUUGUUAAAAUGUAUCGGCAGAUAGAGAUUCAUAGAUCAUAA